GUCUUGGCCCGUAAUGGCGGUGCAAGGAGGCAAAUUUCCGCGCCAAACAGAUCAUUUUGGCAUUAUUUAGCGCGAAUUUCCCCGCCAUUUCGUGUAUUCCCGCUUGACCUCUCCCGCCGGCGCCCUUGACCUUAGAACGGCGGUCAAAAAACACUGAAAUUACGAUCUGGCGGGCAAAAAUGGCGGCUGUGUCUGUGUGUGUACGUGUUUUAACCCCGUAUUAAACGUGUUGACCUAGUACCUGCUGACCUGACCUGAUCUGACCUGACCUUACACUCACUACAGAGGAAAGAAACAGUGGAAAAAAACAACAACUCCGGAAAGAAAAUGUGAAACUGACCUUUUUGUGUUUUUUUAAGUCUGUGAAACGGCGACCUGUGUUUGUGAGUGUGUUUGUGUGUAUACGUGUGUGUGUUUGCCGUGCCCUGGACCUGAUGGGGCGCCGGGUCAACCAGGACUGACCCAACCUGAACCUGAACCUGAAACUCACUGAGGAAAAAUAAAUAAAUGAAAAAAAAGGACAAGUUGAAAAUAUGGAGACCGUGAAAAAUUGAAUAAUCGCCGGAAAUGUUUGUCCGUUUGUGCGUUCCGGGGGCCGCGCCGUGAGAGGGGGGGGAGGCACAGGGCGGCAGGGGAGCGAGGCGGGACUACCCCCCCUCCCCACGACCUUCAACCAUGUCCGAGCGACGCAGAAAACGGGGGCGGCCGAGGUCAACGCCGGUUUUAAGCUAUGCCUCGGAAAUGAAAAUGAGAAACAGCAUCGCGCGGGUUAUCAAGAAACCGCGCUACCUCAUGGGCCCGGAGGUGGAGGAGGGGGGGGAGGAGAGCAACCAUUCCGCGCACUCCACUCGCUCGCACUCCCCCUGUGUGGACGACAAGACGAAAAUCCGAAACAAGCGUGGAUAUAACCCGGACAUUGAGGAUAUUGAAGAAUCAGAAUAUUUAUAUGGGUCGGAUUUCGAGAUGGACGACUUCUCCGAGGGGAAAGAGAGCGAGGAGAGCGGCGCGGAGGAUGGCGGGAGGGAACGGCGCGUCGGCGAGGAACCAGAGGAGGGGUUUAUCUCCGAGGGCGAGGAGAGUGUGUCCAGCUACAGCACAACAUAUUCCAGCACCCCACUCACACCCCUGUCCUUCCACACCCCAUCGCGGCCCCCCACCCCAGUCCCCGUAUGGCUCCAAGACCGGCCAUACCCCACACUUGACCUCCCGAAAUCAUCCGACGACCUCCUCAUGCCUAGGGAGGUCAUCCUGAAGGCGGUCGGGAUAUACGAAGUUCUGAGACAUUUUAAAACGUUAGUCCGACUUUCCCCGAUGCGGUUCGAGGACUUCUGCGCGGCGCUCGUGGCAGAAGACCAGAGUGCCCUGUUGGCGGAGGUCCACAUGGCACUCCUCAAGGCACUCAUUAGGGAGGAGGACUCGCAGCAGACGCACUUCGGCCCUCUCGAUCAGAAGGACUCCAUCAAUGUUAUCUUGUAUUUUAUCGACGCGCUGACGUGGCCUGAGUCACUGCGUCUGUACCUGCAGAGUGACGCGGAGUUCCGGCAGCCCCUCGCGAUACUGGACAACUCAAACUACCCCUUUACGUCGCUGGAGAAUAGGCUCCAGGUCCUUCAAUUCCUGUGUGACCAGUUCCUGCAGACGUCGGUUGUACGUGAGGACCUGCUCAGCGAAGGAAAGGUCCGGUACGAUGACCACUGUCGGGUGUGCCACAAGACGGGUGACCUGCUGUGCUGUGACUCCUGCUCCGCCGUGUACCACCUGGAUUGCGUGGACCCUCCGCUUCAAGACGUGCCCGGCGAGAUGGAGGACUGGACCUGUAGUGUGUGUACCACCCACCAGAUUGAUGGUGUGACGGACUGCCUCUCGCCCAUGGAAACCUCUGGAGUGCUGUGUCGCCAGGACCCGCUCGGCUUCGACCGCCACGGCAGAAAGUAUUGGUUCCUGGUGCGGCGGCUGUUUGUCGAGAGUGAGGGGGGUGAGGUAUGGUACUACUCCUCUCAGGCUGCUGUGGAGGAGGUGCGGGGGCUGCUGGACCCUCACGACCUGGAGGAGGAGCUGUGUGGCGGCCUGGCGGAGGUGUGGGCCGAGCUGAUGCGCCACACCGCCGUCACAGCCGCCAUCACCAACUCCGCCAAAGCCAACCGCCGCUCCUGUCUUGACCUGGAGGAUGCGGAGGUAGCGAAGAGGAUAGAGGAGAGGAAGAAGAUGAAGCAGAAGAAGAUGGAAGGAGGAGGAGUGGACCAGCUCAUAGAAGAGAUUAAGGAGGAGGAGAUGGACACAAAACCAGAGAUCAAGGAAGAAAAAUUUGACUCCACCUCCUCCACCACCACCACCUCCACCACCAACAACUCCACGCUGGACCCAGUCACCGGGGAGCUCAUCAACACCACCGGCACCUCCGCCAACACCACGGAGACGGAGGUGAAGGAGGAGACGCAGAUAAAGGAGGAGAAGGAGGAGGAGGGAGAUGAUCGCAAGGACUCCGGGGUCAAGACCAGGACCAAAACCGGGUCACUGGCGCCCAAGCAGUUCGCCGUUGAUGACCUCAGGCGUCGGAUACCCCCCCUGCAUGACCCCGCCGACCCCAAGGAUGAGGUCAAGGUCGAGGGGGGGGUAGGGGCCGAGGGGGCUUCAAAAUCAGCGCUGAGCAAGUUGGCACAGCUGCAGAAUAGUGGUCAACCAUACCGGCUUGGUUGCGACGGUAAAUACAAGAUCUACGUCAACCAGUACGCAACCAACCCGCUGGCCCUCAACAAACUCCAGCACAAUGAGGAGAGGGACAAGAAACGACACCUCUCUCACAAGUUCUCCCUCACGCCAAGCUCCGAAUUCAAGUGGAAUGGCGUCCUCUAUGGCAACAGCGAAAACCUAAUCUCCACGCUCCGCCACACCGUCCUGUCGCUGGAGCAGAACGUCUCCAUCCACCUGUACCAUCCACACUGGCCCGCCAUCCGCAAGGCCUGGAACAGUGCCGUGCUGGCUGCCACUGACGCUCACCACUUUGCCCGUGUCCUGAUGUGGCUGGUGGCGUGCAUCAAGCCUGUGGUAUUUAACGCGGUCUGGCACGACUCACUGGGGCAUGUCAGGUUCAACCGCGUGACAGCCCUGGAGAGAGAGGAGAAGAAGAAGCAGGAGAAGAGGGACAAGAAGGAGGUGGACCAGGAGGAGCCUCGACCUGUCACCAUGAUCAAGUACACCCUUGGACUGAAGCACCAGGUAUGGAAGCUGAAGGGCGAGGAAUACAGGAUACACGGCAUGUGGGGUUGGCAGUGGGUCUCCGCGCACCGCCCCGCCCCGCACAUCCCCAUGACCUCCGUGGGGCUGAGGGCGGGGGCGGACAAGCACAUGGUCCCCGUCAAGAGCUCGGCGGGGCUGAAAUCGCUCUCGGUCAACCCCGGAAUCUAUCGUCAACUCGCGGCCAAGAACUCUUCCCUUCGGCCGAGUCUUCUGUCGCCCCGCCAACGCUCCCAGGAGGAGGAGGGGGGGGCGGGGGGGCAGGAGAAGAAGGAGAUACUGAUUACGUGUCCAAGUGGUCAGCAGAAGGUGGAGGUCGGUAUCGUUAACCUGGAGGAACUUUUUGAGCCCGAUGGACACAUUGACGUCUCUCGUGGUUUGACGUCGCGAUCCCGGUUCCUGUACCCCAAGGUUGCUCGGAGCUGCCAACUUGACAACCUCCUGGCCCGGUCGAUAGCCCAACGCACCCAGGAAGGCAAGAAAUCUACCGGAGCCCCUACCACCACCUCCACCAAGGGCAACACCACCACCACCACCACCAGCAGUAGCAGCAGCACCAGCAGUACCAGUAGCCGCAGCAGCAGUAAGGAGAAGGAGGUGGAUGAGCAGGAGGAGGUGGAUGUCGAGAAUGAGGACACGGAUGCGACUUUGAGUGACACGUCGGAAACAAACAACAACUCAAAUCGGGAGGGAACGGAAGGUGCGAUCGAGGCCCUACCGGAGUCCCAGCGGUCUACGAUACACAAGCAGCGACCAGCCGGACACCUGCUGAAGGAGAUGCGGGUAUUGAAAGCGAAGUACGAGGGGCUAGACGACCUCGAUACCCACUUUUCCUGCUACUCUCCCUGCUGUCGACGUGACGGGAGGUGUUCCUGCUACUCUCCGCUGUGUCUCCUCAAAGGGCGGACCAAAGAGCGGCUCACGGCGGCUUGUACGAACUACCGGAUCGUGACGUCACAGCCGGCGCCUUUUACCACGGUUGGGUCGCACAGCCCGAUACGGUUAGCUGACGAGGAGAAGGAGAAGAAGGAAGAGAAGAAGGAGGAGAAGAAGGAGGAGAAGAAGGAGGAGGAGGAAGGGGACGGACGUGAUUCGCGAUGUAGCGGCGACAUCAAAAUCCGCGUUGACGAGGACAUGGACGAGGCUAGCCAGAGCUCACUCGGGGCGGCGGCUACGUCGGCGGAGGCGGGGGCGGCUACCGGAAGCACCACAACCACGUCACCCGCCACCGAAUCCCCUGCCGGUCGUUUCGUUCUCCGUAAACCGCAGAGCGAAACUCAGCGGAAACGAAAGCAGGGACACCGUUACCCCCAGCUCUCGACCUUCCGUUUGGGCCGGCGGAAGGUGCGCGGCGGGGUCCUAGGCGGGGCGGACGACCGACCAGCUAGCAUACUCGUCGUGCCAGCCUGGGAGUUGCGUAUGCUUGCGCGGCGCGGCGGACGGCACCUGGUUGGCGGAUUUCACCAUAAUGCGAAGGCCAACCAGACUGUGUGGCCAUACCCCUGUCCGCGGCCUGAGUUCAAGACCACCUGGCAGUACCGCACGGCCACGAUGUCGACACUGAACACGGCCUCCAUGCAGCUUAGGGUCCUGUGGGUCUGCCUCCGCUGGGAUGACAUGCAGGAGAAGGGCCCGGGUGACGGCAGAAAACAGCUGACAACAGACAUGGAGAUAAUUCAGACGGAGAUACUUAAGAGGAAGCACUUAGGGAGGUUCCUGGAGAAAACAUCUUACCUCAGGCGGAAGGUCAUCAUCCCCUUCGACGUGCCCAAGCCUGUCCGGGAGUUCACAUUUAUCCAGCAUGGCUGAAAGCUUUGGCGCUUCAGUGAACAGUCCCUGACCCAGCCCCAGAGUGUGGAGGAGUGGGUGGAGGAGGACAAGCUGGACCUGUGGGAGAUCCGCUUCUUCGGGGAGCGUCUGGAGCGUGCUGCCGCCACCUCACGCCGUGGCGGGGUAGACCGGGGCGAGGCCACCGGGGCCGUGCAGGCGGUGGCGGCCGGGGCGGCAGGGGCGGGGGCCAGCCCGGCAGAGAUCCGCGCCCGCAUGGAGGAGCAGCUCAAGAUACAGCGCGCAACCUUCAACCAGAAGCGUGCGGCGGAGGGCGGCAGCAGCGUGGCGGCCAUGACGCGCACCGGCGUGGUGAAGCUGUCCAUGUGCACCAGCGGCGGCAGCGUGGUGACCACCACACGGCUGCCCGUGGCGGCGGCGGCCCCCAAGGUGGUGCAGACCGGGGCCUCCACCAUCAUGGCGGUGGGCGGCCACACGCUGCCGGCCGCCCUCGUGGCCGGGAAGAAGAUCGUGGCGGCGCGUGACGGCCGCAUCAUCACCGUGCAGACGGCGGCGGCGGCCGGUGGCGGGGGGAGUGAUGGCGGGGCGGGGGCCAGCACUAUCAGCCUGGGCAGCAGCACCAUCUUCCCCGUGGGCGGGGCGGCCCAGGGCGGGACGGCCGCCAAGGUGCAGGUCACCGCCGCCGGCAACAAGGUCAUCCGCCUGCAGCCAGUGGCCAGCGGCGGCAGCGGCUCCACGCAUCGCGUCAUCCUGCCCCGCGCCACCGCCCUGCCCCUCAGCAACACCCUGCGCACGCCUCGCCCCGUGGCCCCCGCCCCCCCCACUACCGCCGCCACCACCACCGCCACCACCACCACCACCACGGCUGGCACCGUGGCGGCCACAACCACCACGGCUGCCGCAGCGCGUCCCGGCGGCCAGCACAUCCACAUCAUCCGCCUGCUGGACGGGCAGAUGCAGGUGCGGGGUCUGCUGGAGGGGCAGCAGGUGGUGCAGCGCCCCGACGGGAAGUUCCACCUCAUCACCAAGGCCCCGGCCGCCACCGCCGCCCCCGCCAUCCAGGUGACGCAGCAGACCAAGGCGGUGGAGGCCAAGGCGCUGGGCGGCCCCGCCACACACGUGGUCAAGGUCAACGGCCAGCAGGUGCUGCUCCGCCACAACAGCGAGGCCGCCAAGGCCGUGGUGCCCGUGGGGGCCAGCGAGGCGGCGGCGGCCGUGGCGGGGAGGGCGACCGUGGUGGGGCAGACCAGCCCACGCAUCAAAACCAUCCUGGCCCCGGACGGCACCAUGGUCAAGACGGUGCUGGCUAACAGUGCCACCGUGGCCGCCACCACCGCCACCACGCCCACCGCCACCACCACCACCACCACUACCACCGCCACAGACAGCACCACCACCACCACCACCACGGCCGCCAGCACCCCUACCACCACCACCACCACGGCGGCCGCCACCCCCGCCAGCGGCAGCAGCCUCACCCUGCGUGUACAGGUGCGCAUGACGGAGCAGGGCCCCAAGACCAUCAUCCAGGGCCUGCAGAUGGGCGUGGCGCUCACCAAGGACCACAUCGUGGCCAUACAGCAGCAAGUCAGGAACAUGCUGGCCCAGUGCAAGCUGCAGGUCAACCAGCUCUCCCCCCUCAUGACCCUGACCCUGCAUAUGCCCAACAAGGCGGCUGCAACGGCUACACAACAACAACAGCCGCAGCAACAACAACAACAACAGGAGAACUCCGUAUCCGAGACCUCUGGCGGUGGCGGAGACGCGGCGGCUGCGGCGGCCGAGACCCCAACGGUGAAAGCUGUAGCCGCCGCCAAAACAUCAACAACAACAACAGGAGCAGCGCCGGUUCUUGCGUCCCCCCCGCCGCCAUCACUGUCAUCAUCAGCCUCAUCGCCUCCGCCACAGCCGCCGUCCACCUCAGCCGCCGCAGCCGCCGCCGGUUCGCCGCAGAAGUUCGUGCUGACCCAGGAGUAUAUUCAGCAGACCAUCAAGUCCGCUCUCAGUCGCGAAGAUCUUGCUCCGGAAAUCGAGGAGAAACUUAUGCAAUUCCAAAAGUACAACAACGAACAGACCAAGAAGGAAGAGGGCGGCGUCGGUCUGUCAGCCGCCACAGCCGCCACAGCCGCCACGCCUGCCUCCGCCCUCACAGCCGGCAGCGGGCACGGGACAAGGAGUGGGGGCGGAACGAGGAAGGUUGCGAGCGGAUUGAAUUCGCUAACGCAUACGUCAAGAAGUGCGGCAACGAAGAGAACGAGAGACCAAGACGACGCGGACUGGGACCCCUCAGAUGAAGGCCUAUCCCUCGCCGGCAACACCACCGCGGCCACCACCACCGCAGCCACCACCACCACACCACACCACACCCCAACCUCCACGUCAACCAGCAGCAGAAAUCGCAGCAAAAAGCAACGGACUGAUUCCUCGCGAUCCGCCGACUCCACCGCGGCCGCCACCACCCCGCCAUCGUCGAAAUCCAAGAAGUCAUCCUCGGCGAAGUCUGAAGCCCAGGACCUUAAGCGGCGUCAAGCCCUGCAGCAUAAGUUAGAUUCGCUCAUGACGCGGCACAAGGAUCUACUCAAGAAGGAUAUUUUGAAGAAGCGAGCGCAGUUGGAGAAGGAACUACAGGUUGAGAUCCAUAAGGAGCUCUCGGUGGCCAAAUUACAACUCCAGCUACAGGAGAAGGCAAAACCAGACACCUCGCACGCCACCCCGGCCACUCCGAGGAAGAAGAAGCAAUCAGGUGUGUCCACCCAAGCCGCCAACGUGGUCGAAGCCGCCGGUCACCACCCCCACCCCGCCCACCACCCCCACUCCCCCGCCGCCAUGGACACAGCCGCCACGACCACCGCCAAGCACCACCACCACCACCACCAUCACCCCAAGUCAACCGGCAGCCUCACCACCUCAUCCGGAGCCGCCAACAAGGGUAACGCUGCGGCCGCCGCCUCGUCAGCCGCCGCAGCCGCCGGGGGUCAGAAAUCGGCGGCUCCCAAGAAAUCGGCGAAGAAUAAAAAUAAGAAGAUCGUGUGUAUAUGUCGGACGCCGUUUGACGAUACCAAGUUCUAUGUGGGAUGUGACCUCUGCGGUAACUGGUUCCACGGAGACUGUGUGGGCAUUACGGAAGCCAUGAGCCGGAGCAUGACCGAGUACGUGUGUGACGAUUGUGCGAACGCCAAGCUGAACCGGGAGCUCUUCUGUUUCUGCCGUCAGCCUUACGACGAGACCCAAUUCUACAUCUGCUGCGAGCAAUGCGAGGAUUGGUACCACGGGAAGUGUGUGGGGAUCAUGCAGACCGAGGCGGACGACAUUGAUGACUACAUAUGCCCGAAAUGUGACGCCAACAAUGUCUGGAACUACCCUUGCCAGAAGACCCUCUCGGCGAAGGACUACGCCGACCUGCGCAAAGUGACGAAGAGCUUGAUUCAACACAAGAACGCCUGGCCCUUCCUGGAGCCCGUCGACCCCUCAGAGGUGCCAGACUACUACAAGGUCGUUAAGGAACCAAUGGAUCUUAAAACCGUCGAGAGCCGCGUCGAGGAGAGAGCCUACCAGCGUCUCGCCCAGUUCAUCGGCGACGUAAUGCUCGUAUUCGACAACUGCCGUCUCUAUAACCCGCCAAACUCGUCUUUCUGCUCCUGCGCGACCACACUAGAAUCGUUUUUCUGCCAGAAGUUGCGAAGUCUUAAGCUGCGAUUGGGACCUAAGCCGCAGUGAGGUGGUCGAACUUAAGGUUUUGUCGGAUACCCGCAUCUCUCGAGUUAACUGUUUCCAAAGGUCAAAAAAGUGAUCGUCCAGGUUGUUACGAGUGUUGUGUCGAGGUCGUGGUACAGAGGAAGGGUCACUCUACCACCAGGGUCAUGAAGCUACCCCUGGAAAUGCCUAUAACUCCUAUGAAAGCCUUGUCAAAUGUGUGGUUUCUUGGGCUUGUGGUACAGAGGAAAGGGCACUCUACCACCAGGGUCAUGAAGCUACCCCUGGAAAUGCCCACAAUGCCCAUGAAAGCCUUGACAUAUGUGUGCUUCCUUGGGUUCAUGGUACAGAGGAAGGGUCAGACUACCACCAGGGCCAUGAAGCUACCCCUGGAAAUGCCCACAACUCCUACGAAAGCCUUGUCAAAUGUGUGGUUCCUUGUGUUUGUGGUACAGAGGAAGGGUCGCACUACCACCAGGGCCAUGAAGCUACCCCUGGAAAUGCCCACAACUCUUACGAAAGCCUUUUCAAAUGUGUUUCCCUAGGUUCAUGGUACAGAGGAAGGGUCGCACUACCACCAGGGUCAUGAAAAUACCCAUGGAAAUGCCCACAACUCCUACAAAAGCCUUGUCAAAUGUGUUUUCUUAGGUUCAUGGUACAGAGGAAGGGUCAGACUACCACCAGGGUCAUGAAACUACCCCUGGAAAUGCCCACAACUCCUAUGAAAGCCUUGUCAAAUGUGUUUUCUUAAGUUCAUGGUACAGAGGAAGGGUCAGACUACCACCAGGGUCAUAAAACUACUCCUGGAAAUGCCCAAAAGUCCUGGAAAACAGAGGGAAAAAAGGUGCGUUUGCGUGAGGUGUUUGACGGAGAAAAACACACUCGUAAAACAUGAAACAGAGACGCAUGAGUGUGUGCGUUUGUGUGUGUGGAACCAAGAAAAACCAGACGUGUUGAGACAUGAAACUAACUUAACAAACACUUCCUUAUAUGUGUUUAAAGCUUGGAUAUCUGACGUUACUUUCUUAGACGUUUGUGAAAGGGGAUUGUGAGGCUGUGUAUGUGACCUUGUGUGGCCUAAGAAGGAAGGAAGGAAGGAAGGACAGAGAGAGAGAGAGAGAUAGGAAGAAGGAAGAGAAGGAAGGAAGGUUUGAGAGAUAUGGAGAAAGAAAGAAAAGGAAAGGAAGGAAGGAAGGACAGAGAGAGAUACGAAGAAAGGAAGGAAGGAAUGGGAGAUAGACCAGAAGAAGGAAGAAGGAGGAAUAGAAAUGAGAAGGAAGGAAAGAACGAAAUAGGAGAUAGAGAAAAAGAAGAAGAUGAAGGAAUGAGAAAUUAGAGAGAAAGAAAGAAAAGAAUAUGGAAGAAGGAAAAUGAAGAAGUUAGGAAUAAUUAAAGAAUAAGAAAAAGGCAGAAAAUAUUGAAGACAGGAAAAGAAGAAAAAGACAAUAAAAUAAAGAAAAUAGGAAAUAUUGAAGACAGAAAAAGAAGACAAUAAAAUAGAGAAAAUAAAGAAAAAUUUGAAGACUAAGAAAAAGAAGACAAAAUAAAGAAAAUAGGAGAAGAAAAAAGAUUAUUAUUAUUAUUAUUAUUAUUAUUAUUAUUAUUAUUAUGUAUAGUGUGAAUAAACAUGACAAUUUUAAUGAUGAUACCUGAGGCUGAUGAUGAUGGUGAUGGUUGUUGUUGUUGUUGUUGUUGUUCUGCCUUUCCAACGGGACGACAAUUAACUAAGGGACAGAAAACAACAACAAUAAUAAUGAUAAUAAUAAUAAUAAUAAUACUGUAAUUACAUGUUUUCUCUGCUUCUUCCUCCUCCUCCUCCUCCUCCUCCUCCUCCUCUUCCUCUUCCUCCUCCUCGCAUUUAUAUAUAUACAUAGAUGAACACACACACACACACACACACACACACACACACACACACACACACACACACUCCAGAGAGAGAGAGAGAGAGAGAGAGAGAGAGAGAGAGAGAGAGAAAUAUGUACAAAGAAAUAUGUGUUUGUUGAUAUUUAAAUGAGAGUCAGAGAGAGAGAGAGAGAGAGAGAGGGAGAAUGUGAGCUAUCUCUAAUAUACAAGUAACAGACGAUGGAAGAAGAAAAUAGAAGAUAGAAGGAAGAUUAAGAUAACUAACCUCCUCUUCCUCCUCCUCCUCCUCUUCCUCUUCCUCGGAUGUAUAUAAGUUUUUUUAUUAUUAUUAUUUUUAUUUUUUAUUUUUUUACUAAGGUUAUAGGACUACCACUACUACUAUUACUACUACUACUACUACUACUACUACUACUACUACUACUACUACUACUAUGACUUGCUGCUGAUGAUGAUAGUGUGUAAAUACCUGUAUCAUAUCACUAAUGUAUAAGAGAAUGACAAUUAUUAUUAUUAUUAUUAUUAUUAUUAUUAUUAUUAUUAUUAUUAUUAUAAGACGAUUUUGUACCUUUUUUUUAUUAUUUAGAAAGAAAGGAAGGACAGAAGAAUGUUAGAGAAUUAUUAUUAUUAUUAUUAUUAUUAUUAUUAUUAUUAUUAUUAUUACACACACACACACACACACACACUUUUCAAUCUCAGGCAAGGUGUUUUUUUUAUGUUUGUUUGUGUGUUUUGCUCUCUCUCUCUCUCUCUCUCUCUCUCUCUCUCUCUCUCUCUCUCUCUCUCUCUCUCUCUCUCUCUCUCUCUCUCUCUCUCUCUCUCUCUCUCUCUCUCUCUCUCUCUCUCUCUCUCUCUCUCUCUCUCUAAUAAUAAUAAUAAUAAUAAGUGCAUUUGUAUAUUAUGUAAGAUGAAACGUACACACACACACACACACACGUACACACACACACACGUACACUGUUAAUAGGCCUAAUUUUUAAGUCUCGCCGUCACGCCUACAGAAUGAAGUACAAAAUUGUUUCCUCCUUUUCCUCCAUCCCUCCUUUCCUCCAUGCCUCCUCCGUUUCCUCCGCCUAGCUAAGACAAGGCAAUCGUGUAUCUAGUAAUCAUUAAGGAAUAUUACAUAAUCUUCCUAACAUGGCCUCCUCCUUCCUCUCCCUCUCUUUCUCUCCCUCCUGUCUCUGCCUCCCUCAACGCGUAUAAGGAAAACAAGCCGCAUAUUUGUAAAGAUCAUUUGUAACAAGAAUGAAUUUGUUUUAUAAAGUCGACAAUUAUUA